UUCAAUUAAUGAACAACACGAUAAUGUUUGUAUCAAUCUGAGUAUAAAUGUUCCUUGUAGGCGUUGGAGACGACAGAACUUGUCGAAGGGUCGAACACGAGCUACGACUAACACCAGAUUUGUCAUCUUAAGAUCAAUAAUGAAGUUACUGCUAGUCCUAUCUGUCGUGGUAGUGGCGUCGGUAUACGCAAAACCAGGCUCCACAUAUACUGACAAAUGGGAUCACAUCAAUGUCGACGAGAUACUGGAAUCUCAGCGGCUACUCAGAGGAUACGUAGACUGUCUUCUUGACAAAGGUCGAUGCACUCCAGACGGCAAAGCCUUAAAAGAAACCAUACCUGAUGCAUUGGAAUUCGACUGCUCCAAAUGCACAGCAAAACAAAAGACUAGUUCCGAUAAAGUCAUACGUUUCUUAGUGAACAAACGCCCGGAACUUUGGAAAGAACUUAAAGUAAGGUACGAUCCUGAUAGCAUCUACGAGCAAAGAUACAAGGACAAACUGAAUGCACUUAGUGAAUAAACAUAUUGUUAUGUAAACCUUAGUUAUAUACGUAUAUUCUUUUAAUUACGUGGUAAAUCCAAUGUUUAUAAUGUACCACAUGAUAUAACUGUGAUGAAAAUUAGGGAUAUUGAUAUUGGUUAAAUAAAAACUACGAAACUAAAUGCUAA